UACUCACACAGGCAUACACACUCUCACAUCUCACAUCAUCUCUUCUGCACGCUCACUGUAAGCACCAGCCAGGCCCAUUCGGAGCAGGCUAGCCCAGCCGUCUCGUCGCCCAAGAUGGAUGUACUGAUGAAGGGGUUCUCCAUGGCCAAGGAGGGGGUUGUGGCCGCCGCAGAGAAGACCAAAGCCGGCAUGGAGGAGGCAGCAGCCAAGACCAAAGAAGGGGUCAUGUAUGUAGGCAGUAAGACAAAGGAGGGCGUUGUGUCAUCAGUAAACACAGUGGCCAACAGGACCGUGGAUCAGACCAACAUUGUUGGAGACACAGGAGUUGCCGGGGCUAACGAAGUGUCUCAGGGAACCGCGGAGGGGGUCGAGAACGUCGCGGCGUCGACCGGGAUGGUCAACCAGGGAGAAUAUGGGGGAAUGGAGCAGGGUGGGGAAGGAGGAGAGGGGUAUUAGUCGUCUUCAGGACCUCCCUACCCGUGCUCUCCGGCGGCCCCUCGCUCCCCUCGCCUCACUGUACCAGACUCCAGAUGUUCAACUUAUUUUUUUGUGACUCUACAGAACCAAAAUCAACUAAAACAGACUCUUCCGGAUGCCGCACCUCAGCCCCUAUCUCCCCCUCUUCCUCGUCACUCCGUGAUGCCUCCCCCCCAGCAGUCCUCUGCCACCCGUCCUCACC